AUGCGAUUCGAACUGUCCGAUGAUCCUGGAAGGUAUCUGUGCGCAUAUUCCUACUACAUAUCGUUGCGACAUAACAGGCAUCGCUCACUGUUCGUACACGUUCCCGAAUUUGAUGAAUAUUGUACGAAGGAAUUUAUCGCCAACAUCAUCAAGCAGAUCAUCCACAAAUCCAUGCUACAGGUCCUCGCACUCCGUGAAAAGCGAUCCACAAAUUCCGAUGAUAAGGAGCAACAACAGCAGCCUAAGCAAGCAGCUUCUGGGCAGUGA